AUGGCCGCCGCCGCUAUCAAAGUCAUCGGUCUCAUGUUUGGAAUCCUGUCCGAGGCACCCAUGCUUGGAUCAAUGUUACCCGACAAGACCGACCGACAGACAGUUAUUAGAAUCGGCGUCGGGACCAGCAUCAACGCGGAGGGCAACACUGGCGGCGACACUCCUGGCAUCCGUCUCUUCGACGUGAUGGGCCGCGCACUCGGCUCCAAGCGCGGCAGCAAAUCCAACAUCGCAGACGGCGGCUACAAAGACAUCCGGGUGACCGCGAGCCGGGCCCACCAAGGCCGACAAGCGCAAUACAUCUUAGUAUCCAAGGGCGGCAACGACGCCCUAUGCAUCUCCUACAUCGCAGUCACCUGGCCCGACGGCCAGCAGAAAGCGUGGUACGGCGACGUGGGGUACACAUGCGGAGGCCACUGGUACAACUCGCAGACCAUCAUCGGCGACACGAACUACCAGCCGAAGUGCGUGUGGAUCGAUGGAGACGCGUCGAACGGCAUCGCGACCCAGGGGCUGGGGAUCCACGUGACGGAUUUCACAGCGACGCCGGAGCGCGCCGCGGCGUACAAGGAGGACCCGGAGACCAUGUGCAAGAGCAGGCCGCGAUUCCAUCUGUACGAUGAGCUGGAUACCGACAUGUACCUGCCGUUCUUCGACCCGCCGCUGGAGUACGACGAGAAUAGUGUCGAUAGGGACAGGAGUAAGGUGCUCGUGGACGGGUCUUCGACAGGCCCGCUGCCGCCGCGCAAGCGCUCUGUCGAACAGCGGGGGACUGCGCUUACGCGCCGACACCAUUUCCCCGGCAGGCUAGUGACGAGCGCGCAGCGGGCGCAUAGUGCGCGCGAGCUGUGCAGGAGCGAGACGUCGCUGGGCCCGGAUUUUGUGUCUGUGUAUGAGGGGCUGUUUUGCGAUAUGUCGGAGAAGGAACUGUGGCCGCUGUGCGAUGAGAUGCAUCUGACAGGCUGUUUUGAUGUGGAGAGUAACAGUAUGGUUGCUGGGUCUUUGUCGCGUAGGGAUGAGGCGUCUGGGCGCCACGUUCCUGAGAAGGAGUACAAUGAUGUGCAGGUGUGGUGA